GCCGACCGGAUCCCCGCCUCUCACCGGACAGACUGCGCUAUGGGGAGAAGCUGGGCUGUGGGAACAUGGCGCACUCACCGUGGAUUAACUUUCUUCAGGAAAAACUUUGGAGGAUCGCGACAUAGCUCUAAAGUCUCCCCGCACAAAGCUGAAGUGAAGUAAGAUCGCUGCAGACUGAGGAGAAACUACGGGAACACCGUGGGGUCGGCUUGUUCUGCAUGCUGUGUUUUCCUGUCCUGCCUCACUGGGAUGAAAGUUUGUCGCUGCCGGAUUUAGCCCGAGAGCAGGAUGGAAAAACAAAAAACCAGGAAAGAAAAGUUCUCCCUGUUUGGUUCUCGCUCCACCAGCAGGACCGCCCACCCUCCCUCUUCCUCCUCCUCCUCUUCCUCUCCUGUGAUCCCUCCAGCCCUGCCAGUGAAAAGAACAGAACGCACGUCCAGCUCCUCCGGUUUAAGCAAAGCAGAGUUCCUGGAGCGUGUGCGCCGCAGUAACCAGGCCUGCCAGCAGGGGGAGUAUGCUCUGGCUGUGCAUCUCUACACCGAGGCUCUCACCGCCGACCCCCAAAACUGCAUCCUGUACAGCAACCGCUCCGCAGCCUAUCUGCGACUGGGCCAGUACAGCACCGCUCUGGACGAUGCAAUCAAAGCACGUGUCAUCAACCCCAAAUGGCCCAAGGCCUACUUUCGUCAGGGGGUUGCCCUUCAGUACCUGGGUCGUCAUGCCGACGCCCUGGCAGCAUUCGCCUCCGGCCUCGCCCAGGACCCCAAGAGUCUCCAACUGCUCGUCGGCAUGGUGGAGGCUGCCAUGAAAUCGCCCCUCAGAGACUCCCUUGAGCCGACGUACCAGCAGCUGCAGAAGAUGAAGCUGGACAAGAGCCCGUUUGUGGUCGUGUCCGUCAUCGGUCAGGAGCUGCUCACCCACAGUUUCCACGGCGCCUCAGUCGUGGUGCUGGAGGCCGGGCUGAAGAUCGGCACGUGCUCGCUAAAGCUGCGUGGAUCCGUCUUCUCGGCCCUGAGCUCGGCCUACUGGUCUCUGGGUAACGCGGAGAAGAGCAUGGCGUACAUGCAGCAGGACCUGGAGGUGACCAAGACCUUAGGUGACCAGUCAGGUGAAUGCCGUGCUCAUGGGAACCUCGGCUCUGCCCUCUUCUCCAAAGGCAGUUACAGAGAAGCACUGGCCAAUCACAGGAACCAGCUGGUCUUGGCCAUGAAGCUCAAGGACAGAGAGGCUGCGUCGGACGCUCUCAGCAGUCUGGGCCAUGUGUACACAGCUAUCGGUGACUACCCCAACGCGCUGGCGAGCCACAAACAGUGUGUGCUGUUGGCGCGACAAACGCAAUGCCAGCUCUCCGAGGCUCGCCAACUGGGCAACAUGGGCGCCGUGUACACAGCACUGGGAGACUUCACCAACGCUGUUCAGUGCCACGAGCAGCACUUGGACAUCGCAAAGACUUUGGAGAACCGGCGUGAGGAGGCGCGGGCGUACAGCAACCUGGGCAGUGCCUACCACUCUCAGCGGGACUUUGACAAGGCCAUAUCGUACCACACACGGGUCCUGGAGUUGGCUCAAGAGCUGGGCGACAGAGCGAUCGAGAUGAGGGCGUACGCUGGUCUGGGACACGCGGCCCGAUGCAUGCAGGACCUGGAGAGAGCUCGUCAGCACCACCAGCACCAGCUAGAGAUUGCUCAGGAGCUGCAGGACAGAGCAGCUCAGGGCCGAGCGUCGUCCAACCUGGGCAUCAUCCACCAGAUGAAGGGGGAGUAUGAGAUGGCCCUGAAGCUCCACAAAGCCCACCUGUCCUUCGCCCAGGAGCUGAGUGAUUACGCUGCCCAGGGUAGAGCCUACGGUAACAUGGGCAACGCCUAUCACGCACUCGGCAUGUACGACCAAGCUGUCCGGUAUCAUCGACAGGAGCUGCAGAUCUCACUGGAGGUGAAUGAUCGUCCGUCGCAGGCCUCCACACAUGGUAACCUGGCUGUGGCCUACCAGGCGCUGGGUGCUCACGACCGAGCUCUGCAGCACUACCUUCACCACCUGACCAUCGCACGAGAGCUGCAGGACACUCAGAGCGAAGCCAGAGCGCUAGCAAACUUGGGGAACUUCCACAGCUGGAGAGGUGAAUACGCUCAGGCCUUACCGUACUACCAGCAGUACCUGGCUCUGGCGCCAGGCCUGCAGGACCUGGAGGGAGAAGGGAAGGUCUGCCACAACCUCGGCUAUGCUCACUACUGCCUUGGACAGUACCGAGACGCCGUCAGGUAUUAUGAGCAGGACCUGGCCCUGGCCAAGGACCUCCAGGACAAACUAGCCCAGGCCAAAGCCUACUGUAACCUCGGUCUGGCCUACAAAGCUCUGGGGGAGCACAAGAAAGCAGAGGAGUGUCAGAGAUACCUUUUGUCUCUAGCACAAGCCUUGGAUAACACACAGGCGGUGUUCAGGGCCUUUGGGAACCUGGGCGAUGUGUGUGUGUGUCGGGGCGAUCUCCCAGGAGCUGUGAGGUUCUACCAGCAGCAGUUAAGUCUGGCUCAGAAGGUCAACGAUCAGAAGAUGGAGGCCGACGCCUACUCAGCGCUCGGAUCAGUUCACAGGCUGCUCCGUCAGCUGGAUACGGCCUUGUCCUUCCAUAGCCAGGAACUGACCGUCCGAAAGGAUCUAGGUGAUCAGCAGGGAGAGUGCCGCGCCCUCGGUCACCUAGCAGCAGUACACAUGGCCCUGGGAGACUAUGCUACAACCUUCCAGUGUUAUGAGGCCCAGCUGGGUCUGGCCCAGGGACUCAGGGAUGCCCGUCUGGAGGCCCAGGUCCACGGGAACAUGGGCAUCACCAAAAUGAACAUGGGGGUGUUUGAGGAAGCUAUCGGAUACUUUGAGCAGCAGCUGGCCAUGCUGCAGCAGCUGAGUGGGACUGAGAGCAUGCUGGACAGAGGCAGGGCUUAUGGGAACCUGGCAGACUGCUAUGAUGCUCUGGGAGACUAUGAGGAGGCGAUUCAGUACUACGAGAAGUACCUGACUGUGGCUCAGAGUCUGAACCACGUCCAGGACCAGGAGAAGGCCUACAGAGGACUGGGCCAUGCACACAGGUCUUUGGGUAGUCUCCAGCAGGCGUUGGUGUGCUUCGAGAAGCGGCUGGUGGUCGCCCAUGAGCUGGGUGGGGAAGGAGGGGGUAAGGCUCAGGCGUACGGGGAGCUGGGCACCUUACACAGCCAGCUGGGCAACUACGAGCAGUCCCUCUCUUGUCUGGAACACCAGCUGAACAUUGCACGCACAGCGGGGGAUAAAUCCCUGGAAGCAGAGGCAAGCGAUGCACUCGGAGGUGUUUAUCAGCUGAUGGCAGACAACGAGACGGCGCUACAGUGGCACCAGAGAGCUCUGGAUAUCGCAGAGCAGACGGGGUGUGUGAGGAGCCAGGGACGAGCCUACGGAAACCUGGGACUGACCUACGAAGCUCUCGGGAAGUUCGAGCGUGCCGUGGUCUUCCAGGAGCAGCACCUGAGUGUGGCGGCUCAGACCAACGAUCUGAUAGCCAAAACUCUGGCCUACGGAAGCCUGGGGAGGACACACCAUGCACUGCAAAACUAUGCACAGGCUGUGAUGUACCUGCAGGAAGGUCUGCGUCUGGCGGAGCAGUUGGGGCGGAGGGAAGAUGAAGCGAAGAUACGGCAUCGCCUCGGCCUGUCUCUGUGGGCCGGAGGAAACCUGGACGAGGCACAACACCAGUUGUACCGAGCGUCCGUGUUGUUUGAGACGAUACGUCAUGAGACACAGCACAGCACAGAUUACAAGCUCACUCUGUUUGAUCUGCAAACCAGCUCGUACCAGGCUCUCCAGAGAGUCCUCGUCAGCCUCGGGCGGCACGAUGAGGCGCUGGCCAUAGCGGAGCGAGGGCGGACGCGUGCCUUCGCUGACCUCCUGGUCGAACGCCAGAAAGGAAGCCAGCAGGCAAGUGCUGACCCGUACAUCCCAGUGACUGUGGAGCACAUCCUGGAGACGGUCAACGGUCAGAGGGCCAUGGUCCUCUACUACUCUCUGGCUGGAGGCUUUCUGUACAGCUGGCUGAUAUCUCCAGGGACAGGUAUUGUCAAGUUUAACGAGGUGUAUCUCGGAGAGUCCGGAGUGGAGGAGUUCCACGAUGGAGGUGGUGGUGGGAGCCCGCAGGGUGGAGGAGCAGGAGCAGGAGCAGGUGGAGGUCCUCUGUCUCUGGAGCAGUACAUCAGCAAUGCUAGAGAGGCUCUCGGAGUGGACAGCCACUACAGCAGAGUUUGCUCCAGCAGUGAGACAGAGAGUGAAGCUGGAGACCUGUUGGAGCAGCAGUUUGAGGAGCUGAACAAUAAACUGACCUCAGCCACCGACCCCACAGGCUACCUCCGCAUGGUGUCCAGGAACAACCUCUUCAACAGGAGCUGUCAGAGCAUGACGAGUCUGUACAGCGCCACAGUGUCUCCAGUGAAGGACAGCCCAUCGUCUCCUCCUCUGCGACCCAGUAACAUCAGCAAACCUCCUCUACGAGCUCUGUACGACCUGCUCAUAGCUCCGAUGGAAGGGGGUCUGAUGCACAGCAGUGGACCUGUCGGCCGACACAGACAGCUGGUGUUGGUGCUGGAGGGAGAAUUGUACCUGAUCCCGUUUGCCUUGCUCAAAGGCAGCUCCUCUAAUGAGUACCUGUAUGAGAGGUUCAGUCUCAUCUCUGUUCCUUCUUUAGGCAGCCUGGGAGCCACAAUCAGGUCAUCAGUGUCGCUGUGUCGGCCUGGCCUUGCCCAGCUGGAGAUCCUGUGUAAGCAGCUGUAUGAGACCACCGACACCGCCGUCCGACACCAGGCAGAGAAAGCUCUGGUGGAGUUCACCAACAGUCCCGACUGCCUCAGCAAAUGUCAGCUGCUGCUGGAGAGAGGCAGCUCAUCGUAUUCUCAGCUGCUUGCGGCCACCUGUUUGUCUAAACUGGUAUCUCGAACCAGCAACCCUCUACCGCUCGAACAACGCAUCGACAUCCGGAACUAUGUGCUGAAUUAUUUGGCCACGCGGCCGAAGUUAGCUGCGUUUGUGACGCAAGCUUUGAUCCAGCUGUACGCCAGGAUCACCAAACUGGGCUGGUUUGACUGUCAGAAAGAUGACUAUGUCUUCAGGAACGUCAUCGCCGAUGUGACACGCUUUCUACAGGACAGCGUGGAGCACUGCAUCAUUGGGGUCACUAUUCUGUCCCAGCUGACGAAUGAGAUCAAUCAGGCCGACACAACGCAUCCUCUGACCAAACACAGGAAGAUCGCAUCAUCGUUCAGAGAUUCUUCGCUCUUCGACAUUUUCACUCUCUCCUGCAACCUCCUCAAACAGGCGUCGGGGAAGAACCUGAACCUGAACGAUGAGUCUCAGCACGGCCUCCUGAUGCAGCUGCUCAAACUCAGCUACAAUUGCCUCAACUACGACUUUAUAGGAACUUCCACAGACGAGUCAUCGGACGACCUCUGCACCGUACAGAUCCCCACGUCAUGGAGAUCAGCGUUUCUUGAUUCCUCCACCCUGCAGCUCUUUUUCAAUUUAUAUCAUUCCAUCCCUCCGUCCCUUUCCCCGUUGGUGUUGUCGUGUCUAGUUCAGAUAGCCUCUGUCAGGCGGUCUCUCUUCAACAACGCAGAACGAGCAAAGUUUCUUUCACAUUUGGUGGACGGAGUGAAGAGGAUACUAGCAAACCCACAGUGUUUGCCCGAUCCUAAUAACUACCACGAGUUCUGUCGUCUACUGGCGAGGCUGAAGAGUAACUACCAGCUGGGGGAGCUGGUCAAAGUAGAAAACUACCCUGAAGUUAUUCGCCUCAUAGCCAACUUCACCGUCACCAGUCUGCAGCACUGGGAGUUUGCCCCCAACAGUGUUCACUACCUGCUGAGUCUAUGGCAGCGCCUGGCAGCGUCGGUCCCCUACGUCAAAGCCACCGAGCCUCAUCUGCUGGAGACAUACACUCCGGAGGUCACCAAGGCCUACAUCACGUCACGGCUGGAGUCGGUCCACGUCAUUCUCAGAGAUGGUUUAGAAGACCCUCUGGACGACGCCGGCCUGGUCCAGCAGCAGUUAGACCAGUUGUCCACCAUCGGGAGGUGUGAGUACGAGAAGACGUGCGCUCUGCUGGUGCAGCUGUUCGACCAGGCGGCUCAGACCUACCAGGAACUGCUACAGUCCACCAACUCGAGUGCUGCAGACAUCACUGUGCAGGAGGGUCGGUUGACAUGGUUGGUUUAUAUAAUCGGGGCAGUUAUAGGAGGACGGGUGUCGUUUGCGAGUACAGAUGAGCAGGACGCCAUGGACGGAGAGUUAGUCUGUCGGGUGCUCCAGCUGAUGAAUCUGACUGACUCUCGGCUCGCUCAGGCGGGCAACGAGAGGCUGGAGCUGGCCAUGCUCAGCUUCUUUGAACAGUUCAGGAAGAUUUACAUCGGUGACCAGGUGCAGAAAUCAUCAAAGCUUUAUCGACGACUAUCAGAAGUUCUGGGUCUGAACGACGAGACGAUGGUACUCAGUGUCUUUAUAGGGAAAAUCAUCACAAACUUGAAGUACUGGGGCCAGUGUGAACCAAUCACCUCCAAGACACUCCAACUACUGAACGACCUCUCUUUAGGGUACAGCAGUGUGAGGAAGCUAGUGAAGCUCAGCGCGGUCCAGUUCAUGUUGAAUAACCACACAAGCGAGCACUUCUCCUUCCUGGGAGUCAACAACCAGUCCAACCUGAGCGACAUGAGGUGUCGGACCACCUUCUACACGGCACUGGGGCGCCUGUUAAUGGUCGACCUUGGUGAGGACGAGGACCAGUUUGAACAGUUCAUGUUGCCUCUGACGGCUGCGUUUGAAACUGUGGCUCAGAUGUUGAGUACGAACACCUUCAACGAACAGGAAGCCAAGAGGACUCUGGUGGGUUUGGUCCGAGACCUGCGAGGCAUCGCGUUCGCCUUCAACGCCAAGACGAGCUUCAUGAUGUUGUUUGACUGGAUAUAUCCAGCCUACAUGCCCAUCCUGCAGAGGGCCAUAGAGCUGUGGUACCACGACCCAGCAUGCACCACACCUGUCCUCAAACUCAUGGCGGAGCUCGUUCACAACAGAUCCCAAAGGCUACAGUUUGACGUGUCGUCACCCAACGGCAUCCUGCUGUUCAGAGAAACCAGCAAGAUGAUCACGACCUACGGAAAUCGUAUCCUGACGCUGGGCGAAGUCCCGAAGGACCAGGUGUACGGCGUGAAGCUGAAGGGGGUCAGCGUGUGUUUCGCCAUGCUGAAGGCGGUGCUUAGCGGGAACUACGUCAACUUCGGGGUCUUCCGUCUGUACGGUGAUGACGCGCUGGAUAACGCCUUACAGACCUUCAUCAAACUGCUGCUGUCCAUCCCUCACAGUGACUUACUGGACUACCCGAAGCUCAGCCAGUCCUUCUACUCUCUGCUGGAGGUGCUGACUCAGGACCACAUGAACUUCAUCGCCAGUCUGGAGCCGCACGUCGUCAUGUACAUCCUGUCUUCAAUAUCAGAAGGGCUCACCGCGCUCGAUACGAUGGUGUGCACCGGCUGCUGCUCCAGUCUGGACCACAUAGUGACCUACCUGUUCAAGCAGCUGUCUCGCUCCACCAAGAAGCGUCCCACUCCCAUGGCGACGGACGACCGCUUCCUCCACAUCAUGCAGCAGCACCCCGAGAUGAUCCAGCAGAUGCUGUCCACAGUGUUGAACAUCAUCAUCUUCGAGGACUGUAGGAACCAGUGGUCCAUGUCUCGACCUCUGUUAGGCCUCAUCCUGCUCAACGAGAAGUAUUUCGCUGACCUGAGGAACAGCAUCGUCAACAGUCAGCCUCCAGAGAAGCAGCAAGCCAUGCACUUAUGUUUCGAGAACUUGAUGGAGGGAAUAGAGAGAAAUCUACUAACAAAGAACAGAGACAGGUUUACCCAGAACCUGUCUGUCUUCAGGAGGGAGGUGAACGACAGCAUGAAGAACUCGACAUACGGCGUCAACAGCAACGACAUGAUGAGCUGACAUUCCACACAGACGAGUCUUACCACCCAGCUGCAGACAGAGCUCACCGCCCCUCCCCCGCUCCUCCACAGCCUCCCCGCCUCCCCCCUCUCUGCAUCAGCCUCCCCCCUCCCUCCCUCCCUGGGCCCGGAUGCCUGGGGAUCGUCUCCUCACCCCGACACCACGUACGGGACCCCCCCUCCUCCUCCCACUCCUUUUUGAUAUAAGCAUAUAUAAAUAUAUACAGAUCUAUUUUAAAGCGAUGGUCUAACUCGUCUCCUGACGGCGGAGGGGUGAGGAGGUCAGAGGGAGGAAGGAGAGGGCGCGACAGGAGGUGAGGAGGGGGCGAGGAAGGGGACAAACGCCGGUAAACGUAGUAAUCCGCUUCUGCCUGCCUUGUAUAGAAAAACACACAACAAACCAAGUGUACAUUUUUUUUCGUAACAUUUUGAACAAUGUUUAUAAUGAUCGAAUUUAAAACACAAAGAUGAGUUGAGGAAAAACACAAAAAAACAAAACAAAAACCGUGUGAUUGAGCUUUUUACAGUGUAGUGAGUUAGUGCAACUGUCUGUCUGCGUGGGGAGCUGGCGAGGAGGUGACGGGGGAGGUGAGGGGGAGCACUCAGGCUGCAGAGCUGUCAGCAUGAAGAAAAAGAGGUACACACUAACAGACAGGGAGAGUCAGAGCAUCCACGUUGUACAUUUUACUCAAGUCUCUGGUUGAAGUGAUGUAAAUAGCCACGUCCCUCGCGGCAGCAGGCUCGACGGGCGCUAAAGGGACAAUCCUGCUAGUUUUCAGCCUCGCGUUGUGUCUCCGCCGACCCGACGUCGUGGUCAUCUGUGAUACAAUCGUGUGUGUGUGUGUGUGUUCAGAGAAAUCAUUUCAAACUGGAGCCAAAAUAAUUGAUUCAAACAUAUUUAUUCAACUUGUUUCACACAUGCAGUCGAACUCAACACAUCUGUAAUCAGACGUCAGAUCACGGCCCUGAAAUUCCUGGAAAAUUGCGAAACUAGAGAGGCUGUUUUUCAGGCCUGGAAUUAACUGAAGGUUUUGAAUAUCAGUUUCUUUGAUAGGUGUUUAAAAUCUGCUCAGAAAAAAACAAAACAUGUCCAACAAAAUAUGUUCCUUAUAAUACUAGCUGAGGUUUAGUGAAGAACUCGUGUGUGCCGGUCGGGUCUGUCGGCACAUGCAGCUAGUCAGCGUUGUGAAUAUGAAAGUGUAGCAGUUUGCUGCUCGUUUAGUAAUUUAAGGUGGUAUUGCUAUAGAGGCCGACCUGUUCUAAACUACUGAAAGGAAAUGGGGAAAAAUAUUACAGAGAAGUUUUGAAAAUUCAUUGGUGAAAAUGUUUGGGAACUCUGGUCAGUGCAGUUUUGAUCAUUUAUAAUUUGAGUCACUUUUCAAGAAGAAACUCAAACCAUGAAACUUGUUUUUGAAACACACCCAAAACUUUAUAAUUUAUUCAGAAAAAUUCAAGAAACGAAGCAAAGUUUAGAUGAAAAUCUGAAAACAUGAACAAUUUUGUAAUUUCUCACUUUGGCCACAAGAAAAAGAAUCGACACGUCUCUGGUUCUCAAAUGUGUAAAUCAACUUAUUUUCCUGCUCACUGACGGUAAACUGGAUAUUUUUGGGUUUUGGACUGUUGGUCAGAAAAACAAACAAAUUUGUUUUGACGGUUUAAAACGACUGAAAUGAUCAAGAUAUGAAGCAAAGAUGAAACACAAACCCUGCCUCACUGUCCUGUUUAUAUAUAUUUGUCCACCGACCAGAUACAUUUAAAUUAUAUUGAAAUCAUUUGAAGGUUUAUUAUUUUUCUAUACAUGCGAUGUUACUCCGCCGACACGUCUAAUUCAUCGUUAAUUGUUCAGUUAAUGACAUUUUGAUUAUUGUUUUGGUCACUUUUCAAAGAAAAAAGCAGGAAGUGAAACAGAUUUAUUCAACUGUGUUCAUAUAAAGUCAGGCACAGAUCAGUUACUGAAGUUUUGAUAAUUUAUUGUUUUGCUCAUUUUCUAAGAAAAAAACAGAUUAAAACAGAUUUUUCAAGUUUUCAGCUUUUAUAACAUGCAGACAAACUCCCCUCGACAUCUCUUAUUCCUCUUUCAUCAGUUAAUGUCAUUUAGAUCAUUUAUCAGUUUGGUUGCUUAAAAAACAAAAAGAUUAAAACAGAUUUAUUCAACUUUUUUCAUACAUGCAGUCGAACUCUCCCACUGCAUCAAAUUUCUCUGUUUUAAUCACUCAGUUAUUGCAGUUUUGAUCAUUUAACAUUUUGGUCACUUCUCAAGAAAAACACAGAUUAAAACAAAGAUUUAUUCAACUUUUUUCUCACAUAUAGUUGAACUCCUUCAACACAUCAAAUUCCUCUUUAAUCGAUUAGUCGUCGUCAUAAUUUAUGGUUUUGGUCACACUGCAGAUCCAGCUUCUUAGAAUGUUUCUGUUCUCUUGCUCCUCAGUGACAGGAAGCUGAAUGUCUUUUGGGUUUUUGAGUUUUUAAAUAUUUGGGACAUUUAAUACACUCAACGGUCUGAAACGUCUAAAAUGAUCCAGAAACUCUCAAGAAAUGAAGCAGACAUUAAAGAAAAUCUGAAAAAGUUAACAAUUUUGUGAAAUAUCACUUUUCAAGCAAAAGUAUCAACGAGUCUGAUUCCAGUUUCUGAAAUGUGAAAAUCCGUUAAUUUUCUUCGCUGACGGUAAACUGAAUAUUUUCUGACUGUUGGUGGGAAAAACAAACAAUAUUUUCAGACAUUUUAAACCUCUAACGGUCUGAAACUUUUAAUUGUUAAGAAACUUUCAACCAGUGAAGCUAAAGAUCGCAGGAUAAACUGUUUAAACUUUUGUCCACGUGACAACACAGUUCAAUAAACAAGAAAACAAUUUAAAGAUUAAUGCAUGAUAAUGUUAAUAAUUGUUCACUUCAGCUUAAAUCAUUUCAAACGUUUGACUGAAAAUAGUUUCCUGUAGUAGUUGCAGCGAACGAUUAGUUUUAUUGUCGAUUGAUCUGAUUAUUUUCUUGAUUUAUUGAUCAGUUGUUUGGUUUAUAAAAUAUCAGAAAAUGGUAAAUAUGUCCUGUUUUCCAAAAACCCAAAAUGACGUCCUCACAUCUCGUUUUGUCCACAACCUAAAGACAUGCAGUUAUUGUCACAGAAGAAAGAAACCAGAAAAUAUUCAAUUUUUAAGAAGCUGGAAUCAUUUUUUUUUUACGUUUUUAUUUUACAUCAGAUCAGUUGAGGAUUAAUUUCACAGUUGAAGAAUAUUCGAUGCAUCAUUGCAGCUCAAACAGUAAAACUGCAGCUGAACAUUUUUCAUCUGCAGUGAUAACAAACUUAUUUUAUGAAUCAUAUUUUCAUUGAGUUAUCUACAGAUUUGUUUUGUUUGUUUUUUGUUUUGUUUUUUACCCCAAAUCUUUUUAUUGACCUUUCUGCCUACAUGAACCAGUCAGUACAGCAGCACUGAGCCUGAUCAAGUGUCUGUGGCAGGAAAUAAAGACAAAACAGAAAGCUGAAGAUGGGAAAGAGCCACCGCCCGUAAAAUCUGCAGAUUUUCUUGAUUUAAUCAUUUAGUCCAUAAAAUGUUGAGAAAUUGUAAAAAAGAAAAAAACAGAACACAUCCAGAAACACCGUCACAGUUUCCCAGUUUUGUCCAACCAGCAGUCCAUAUUUAUUUAAAAAGCUUCACUUUACGUUUUAGUUUCAUAAAAUUGCGGUUGUCAAAAUAAUUGAAUCAUUUUCUGUUGAUCGAUUAAUCGACUGAUCGUUUCAGCUCUACUUGUCCAAAAUCCAAACAUAUUUUAUUUUACAGUAGAAAAGCUGAGAAAAUAUUCAUAUUUAAAAAGCUCUUUUUACACGUCAGCAUAAACGAUUAAGCGUUUUCAAAAUAGUUUCCAAAUUAUUUUCUAUCGCUCAGUUAAUCACGUCAUGAUCGGCUCUACUUCUAAUGUUUUAUUUUGUCCAAACCUAAAUAUAUUUAAUGACAAUAACGGAAGAUAUUCAGAAAAUUUGCAAAACAUUUGCGAAGCUUGAAUUUAAAUUUUAGCUUUAUAGAAAAUGCUUCAAUGAUGCGAUUGCCAAAAUAUUUUAAAAAUAAAUUGUUGUCAAUCGAUUGUUUGAGCUCUACUUCAGAUGUCCAAAUCCCAAAUAUAUUUACAUAACAUAAAACAAUUUUAAAAAGUUACAAUAUUCAUAAGAAGUUUUGAGCCACAUAAUUUUUUUUACGUUUUAGCUUAAACAAUUAUGCAACAGUCAAUAGUAUCCAAAUUAUUUUUCUGUCGAUUUAUCUCAAUAAUUUCAGCUCCACUUCAGAUGUUUUUAUUUAGUCCAAAACUUAAUAUUUUCAGUUCACUGACAGAAGAGACAAAAACAACAAAUCAUUACAUCAGAAAAACUGAAUAUUUAUUGAAAGAAAACAACCCAACCGGCAGAAAAAUGUUAGCAUCGUAGGUUUCUGCAGACCACAGCAGCGUUACAUUUGUUCAUUAAUAUGUAGCGGCUACGUUAAAACGUUCAACAACGCUGUGGUUACCGUAAGUUUAGGUACACUUGGUUAUGGUUCAGUAAAGAUCACCUUUUGGGGGCACAGUCCCCGCUGGAAAAGUAAGAAUGAGUAAAACAAUAUUGUAAAACAAUAAACAACCGUUUAUGGCAUUUAGUCGUUUCGGAAAGUGCUUUGAAGCUUGGCGUGCGUCUUGCCGAGGUUUCACGCCAUCCACUGUCCCUGUCAGAGUCAGCUCAGGUACUGCGUCACUUUAGAAACGUUAAUAUGAAACGUGUGAAACGUAAAACAUAUUUGUGGUUUGCAGAAACAAACAGGGCGGACAUUUUGUUUUGGCUACUGGGCUGAAAAACAAACAAAUAAUAAAAACAGCUGCUGAUUAUUUUUAGCUGCAGCUCCAGUUUGAAGUGAUUUAUAUGAAGUUGAUUGUAAAUCUUCCGGAGACGCGAGCUGCUCGACCUGAUAUCCACAGAGUUUUGUUUGUGACUUUUAACAGCUGAGGAGGUGACGUUAGCAUGAACGGACACAACGCUGAGGUUGAAAAAACAUCAGCAUUUCCCUUUAUGACAUCCCGUCCGGUCUGGCCCUGCUCCGCCUUUCUCCUCAAAGCGUCACACGAAAUGGUGGCGGUGGCGGUGGCGGUGGCGGUGGCGGCGUCGGCGUGCAAUCGGUCUCGUGCACACACACCUGCUUGUUUGAUUGACGUGUAAGCAACAUGGUCACAGCUACAUGUUCCCCUCUGGUAGGCCGGGUGCAGUUUCCACCAUUUUGUUUACACUCUGGAUUCCUUGGACCAGGCUUUGGGACUGCCCCCCUUUUAGGUCCUGCAGCGGAGUCCUUCUGAUGUGUGUGUGUGUGUUUGUGUGUGUGUGUGUGUGUGUGUGUGUGUGUGUGUGUGUGUGUGUGUGUAGUGGCUCUCUGUUGCCUGGUGUGUAUGUGGCGUCUCAUGGUGCUGCGAACCCACGAUGGAGCUCAAACAGCCGCGGUCUGUGCCACCGUACAGGAUAAAAUAAGGACGACGGAUAGUUUAUCGAGACGUCUGAGCUCCUUUUGAAGGAAUCCAGUUUAGUUUUAAAUAUCUGAAGAACGGACCCGAGUCAGAGCAGUGUAAAAAGAGAAGCAGGAGUGGAGUCUAUUAGCAACUUGUGUUACUCUCUACGAUGUUGCUGCUAACUGUUUGUGACAACUAGCUCAUUUCUAACCAUGUCAGCACUCAUGGAUGUUUAUUGAGUUUCUAAUUUUUUGGUUUGUGUCCCUGAUGUGAAUGUGUUGGGUCCAUAGAGUGAAUAGCUGUUUGAGUUGUUUGGAUGUCUGCUACAUAUAGUGUAAGCAUUGUGACUGCAAAUAAACCUCAUUGAUUUUUACA